CCCAGCGUCGGCUCCCGGGCAGGCGGCGCGGGCCCUCCCACUCUACCCCGCGCCGCCUCACGGCCCCGGCCCUAGCUUCACCCCGACUCCCCGGCGUGCGCGUCCUCCUGCCGGCCUGCAGGCCCGGGGCCUCCGCCUGCUUCCCCACAACUGCUCCUCGCGGCCCCGCUCGCGUUCACGCUGUCGCCCGGGCCGGCGCGGCCGCGGGCAGCCGCUCCCCCUCCCACACCUACCCCGCCCCCUCCCCGCCUUUUCCGUUCUCCGGUCCCCCUCCCUCGGCCCGCUGCCGCUGCUCCAGAUGAGGUGAUGGCAACGGCCAACUUCGGCAAGAUCCAGAUCGGGAUUUACGUGGAGAUCAAGCGCAGCGAUGGCCGAAUACAUCAAGCAAUGGUAACAUCUUUAAAUGAAGAUAAUGAAAGUGUAACUGUUGAAUGGAUAGAAAAUGGAGAUACAAAAGGCAAAGAGAUUGACCUGGAGAGCAUCUUUUCACUUAACCCUGACCUUGUUCCUGAUGAAGAAAUUGAACCCAGUCCAGAAACACCUCCACCUCCAGCAUCUUCAACCAAAGUAAACAAAAUUGUAAAGAAUCGACGGACUGUGGCUUCCAUUAAGAAUGACCCUCCUCCAAGAGAUAAUAGAGUGGUUGGUUCAGCACGUGCACGGCCCAGUCAAUUUCCUGAACAGUCUUCCUCUGCACAACAGAAUGGUAGUGUUUCAGAUAUAUCUCCAGUUCAAGCUGCAAAAAAGGAAUUUGGACCCCCUUCACGUAGAAAAUCUAAUUGUGUGAAAGAAGUAGAAAAACUGCAAGAAAAACGAGAAAAAAGGAGAUUGCAACAGCAAGAACUUAGAGAAAAAAGAGCCCAGGACGUUGAUGCUACGAACCCAAAUUAUGAAAUUAUGUGUAUGAUCAGAGACUUUAGAGGAAGUUUGGAUUAUAGACCAUUAACAACAGCAGAUCCUAUUGAUGAACAUAGGAUAUGUGUGUGUGUAAGAAAACGACCACUCAAUAAAAAAGAAACACAAAUGAAAGAUCUUGAUGUAAUCACAAUUCCGAGUAAAGAUGUUGUGAUGGUACAUGAACCAAAACAAAAAGUAGAUUUAACAAGAUACCUAGAAAACCAAACAUUUCGUUUUGAUUAUGCCUUUGAUGACUCAGCUCCUAAUGAAAUGGUUUACAGGUUUACUGCUAGACCACUAGUGGAAACUAUAUUUGAAAGAGGAAUGGCUACAUGCUUUGCUUAUGGGCAGACUGGAAGUGGAAAAACUCAUACUAUGGGUGGUGACUUUUCAGGAAAGAACCAAGAUUGUUCUAAAGGAAUUUAUGCAUUAGCAGCUCGAGAUGUCUUUUUAAUGCUAAAGAAGCCAAACUAUAAGAAGCUAGAACUUCAAGUAUAUGCAACCUUCUUUGAAAUUUAUAGUGGAAAGGUGUUUGACUUGCUAAAUAGGAAAACAAAAUUAAGAGUUCUAGAAGAUGGAAAACAGCAGGUUCAAGUGGUGGGAUUACAGGAACGGGAGGUCAAAUGUGUUGAAGAUGUACUGAAACUCAUUGACAUAGGCAACAGUUGCAGAACAUCCGGUCAAACAUCUGCAAAUGCACAUUCAUCUCGGAGCCAUGCAGUGUUUCAGAUUAUUCUUAGAAGGAAAGGAAAACUACAUGGCAAAUUUUCUCUCAUUGAUUUGGCUGGAAAUGAAAGAGGAGCUGAUACUUCCAGUGCGGACAGGCAAACUAGGCUUGAAGGUGCUGAAAUUAAUAAAAGCCUUUUAGCACUCAAGGAGUGCAUCAGAGCCUUAGGUAGAAAUAAACCUCAUACUCCUUUCCGUGCAAGUAAACUCACUCAGGUGUUAAGAGAUUCUUUCAUAGGUGAAAACUCUCGUACCUGCAUGAUUGCCACAAUCUCUCCAGGAAUGGCAUCCUGUGAAAAUACUCUUAAUACGUUAAGAUAUGCAAAUAGAGUAAAGGAGUUUGGAAUUAGUCCAUCAGACAUUCCCUUCUCACAGGGUAGUGGCAGUCGCCCUGAUCUCUCUCCUUCUUAUGAAUAUGACGACUUUUCUCCUUCAGUUACCAGGGUCAAAGAAUUGACUGUAGAUCCAACUGCUGCUGGUGAUGUUCGUCCAAUAAUGCACCAUCCACCAAACCAGAUUGAUGACUUAGAGACACAGUGGGGUGUGGGGAGUUCCCCUCAGAGAGAUGAUCUAAAACUUCUUUGUGAACAAAAUGAAGAAGAAGUUUCUCCACAACUGUUUACUUUCCACGAAGCUGUCUCACAAAUGGUAGAAAUGGAAGAACAAGUUGUAGAAGAUCACAGGGCAGUGUUCCAGGAAUCCAUUCGGUGGUUAGAAGAUGAAAAGGCUCUCUUAGAGAUGACUGAAGAAGUAGACUAUGAUGUCGAUUCAUAUGCCACACAACUAGAAGCUAUUCUUGAGCAAAAAAUAGACAUUUUAACUGAGCUGCGGGACAAAGUGAAAUCUUUCCGUGCAGCUCUACAAGAAGAGGAACAAGCCAGCAAGCAAAUCAACCCUAAGAGACCCCGUGCCCUUUAAACCGGCAUUUGCUGCUAAAGGAUUCCCAGAACCCUCACUACUGUAACAUACAACGGUUCAGCUGUAAGGGCCAUUUGAAAGUUUGGAAUUUUAAGUGUCUGUGGAAAAUGUUUUGUCCUUCACCUGAAUUACAUUUCAAUUUUGUGAAACACUCUUGUCUACAAAAUGCUUCUAGUCCAGGAGGCACAACCAAGAAUUGGGAUUAAUGAAGCAUUUUGUUUCAUUUACGCAAAUAGUGAUUUACUUUUGGAGAUCCUUGUCAGUUUUAUUUUCUAUUUGAUGAAGUAAGACUGUGGACUCGAUCCAGAGCCAGAUAGUAGGGGGAAGCCACAGCAUUUCCUUUUAACUCAGUUCAAUUUUUGUAGUGAGACUGAGCAGUUUUAAAUCCUUUGCGUGCAUGCAUACCUCAUCAGUGAUUGUACAUACCUUGCCCACUCCUAGAGACAGCUGUGCUCACCUUUUCCUGCUUUGUGCCUUGAUUAAGGCUACUGACCCUAAAUUUCUGAAGCACAGCCAAGAAAAAUUACAUUCCUUAUUUGUCAUUGUAAAUUACCUUUGUGUGUACAUUUUUACUGUAUUUGAGACAUUUUUUGUGUGUGACUAGUUAAUUUUGCAGGAUGUGCCAUAUCAUUGAACGGAACUAAAGUCUGUGACAGUGGAUAUAGCUGCUGGACCAUUCCAUCUUAUAUGUAAAGAAAUCUGGAAUUAUGAUUUUAAAACCAUAUAACGUGAUUAUAAUUUUUCUCAGCAUUUUCUUUGUAAAGAACUAAAAUAUAAACUAGUUGGUGUAUAAUAAAAAGUAAUGAAAUUCUGAGAAGAGUUUUAUCUUAGGAAAAUACAUAUAUAUGCAGUGUGUGUGCCAGUGUGGUAUUAACAAGACUAAAAUAGUGCAAUUUGAUCCUUACCAAUAUCAUUACUUAAUUUGAAGUGUUCAUUACCACCCCAAAAUACACCUUUUCUAUGUACUGUUAAAGGAAAUUGGCUUCUGAUGCAUGAACAUUUACAUGUACAUUGAAAGUAGUCCAUAAUAGAAGUUAGUUUAAGCCAAGUGUAGACAGUACAUUACUCCCUUGAAAAAGAAUUAAGCUGAAAGAGUUGACUUUGCCUUAAAAGGCAGAUCUAACCCAAGCUCCAUCCAGUACCAAAUGUGAAACUUCGUUGUUAUUUGGUGAGAAUCAUCAAAUUCUCACUAAUACAUUGGUGUAGGGCAUGCUACUUUUUAAACAGCAGCACUUAUUUUUACAGAUUGCUACUCCAAGGAAGAAAACUGGCCACUUUUCAUGUAAAUAUUUUGUUCAAAGAUUUGUAUAUCUCUCUAGGAGUUUUCCCUCAGUUCCCAGGAUGGGGUCCAGGAGUAGAUUAACAGCUAAAAAUCUCCCAAGGAUAUCUUGUUUUGAUUUAUUUACUCCAGGGAACUACCAGCUCCUUCAUAGGAGCCAAAGGGGAGCUAUGAAUAGAGAGUCACAUGAGCCAGAUUCUUUACUUUACUGUUCAUAAAACCCAGAGAGUAGUUGUGAAAGAUCCUAAUACAAGUGUGAAAAGCUCUGUAAACAUGAAAUCUAAAACAAAUGUAGAUUUUCACAAUAUGCUUAUUAAUAAAUGAAGUCUAUGGAAUAA